AUGACUUUUAUUAAGAGGAAUCAUUCUUUGUUAGAUGCAAACUCAACUCAGAUGUACUAUAUGACCCUGGUCAUUGAGGCUGGAGCCGUCACCAACGUCUCUGAGAAUCUUCUGAACAAAGAUUAUUCCAGUGACAAAUUCAACCUCUACAGUCUGAAAAAGACCGCAGAGUGUGAUUCAGAGAACUCGGACAAAACGAACUGUCAGUGUGCGGAGGGAUACAAGUGGAGUAAUGCUUCCUGCUCCUCCCAGAACGUGUGCAGCGCUGACGGCACAGUAAUGAUCACUGGAUCUCUAGUACUCGACUCUAUUUACUACCAUAACUGUUUGAGUGAUCACAACAUGGACAACUACAAGAACUGCAAUGCCAAUGUGACCCAAGAGAUUCAAACAUUUUACAGCCACAUCUAUGGAUUCGACUGCCUGAGAAUCAUCAGAUACAAAACGGGGAGUGUGAUUGUGGACUUUGAGGUGGUGAUAUUUUCAGCUGUGGAACCCUCAAUUCUUCAAAAUACAUCUAAGGCUCUGACCAAUAAACUGUCCGGUGCUCUGGAUCUGCAGACUACAGGUGUAGUUCACCUGUCGGUGCCUAAGGGCCCCUUGCCCUCUGGAUCAAACGCAACCCUGUCCUGCAACUCUACCACUGACCUGGGGAGGUCCCCUACCUGGCACCUCAGAAACUACAAUAACGAAAUAAAAGCCGUUCACAAUGGCACUGAAUCGACAGUCACUUCAAGCACUUUGGAGAGCACAGUCCAGCUGUCCUCCCUCUCAAAGCUCUGGCACGGCACGUACACUUGCAAUUUCAAUUCGACUCUAAACAAUUUGAGCAUCCACCACAUGGCGUCAGCGCCUAUGGAUAUUUGUGUACAGCCAAACAUCAAGAUCAGCACCAACCCGAAUUUUCCUCAAUGUAUAAAAUCCACCGACUUACCCAAAGUCAUCGUGAGCUGUGAAGUGGAGCGGAACUACGAGACGUUCGAUGUGUCCUGGAAAACAGUGAACAUUACUGCAAGCAUCACAAAACAAAAAGACUACAAUGGCUCCAGAGUUAAGAUUUUCAGCGCUCAAACAUUUGUGAGCUGUACCUCUAUAAAACCUACAGUCACCUGUGAGCUAAGAAACCGGUGUUCACAGCUGGCAGAGGCCACCACAGAGGUCAUCCUGAUCGGAGUGGAGGGCUCGUUUUGUGAAGCUGAUGGGGAGUGGCAGGCCACCCCGGUCGGGCACAGUGCUGUGAUUAAGUGCUCUGGGUUUGCUGUGGGAACCAAAGAACGGCCCUGUGACAAUAACAAGAUAUGGGGCGAAGUGUCGUCUAACUGUGUGGACUUGGAACUGCACAGUGUCCUGGACAAUGCCAUAACUUCGGACAUUGGCCUGGGUACUCUGGCGGACAACACUAAAAAUGUGUUCCACCGUCUUCAGUCUGUGACCACCAACAGCUCCACAGUGAUCAACACUGCCAACCUGCAGACCUCUGUAGAUGUCAUCAACACCAUGAACACCAAACUGAACUCCAUCAAUGACAAGACCACCAUAGAUGAUUUCCUACAAUCUUCAAGUAACCUGCUGAACAAGACACUCAAUACUUCUUGGAAGAAAAUACCCGAUACUACAUCAGAAAAUUUAGCGGGGAAAUUCCUUUCCUCUGUGGAGCAGCUAAUCGACAAAGCUGAAUUGAAGGACGAAGAGAAGUGCGAAAAUCUGCAAGUUGUCAGCUGCAAUGCCACCCGCACACCACAAUGCAUCAAUAAUGUUUUCAACAGCACUGUGACAAUGGACAGUGAAGGGGCAAUUUCUAUCAAAACUACUGGAUUUUUACAACUACAGAACUACUUAGGCAACAAUAGCGAAAACAGCACUCCUAAUAGCAUUGUCAUUUCUACCACCAGGCAGUCAAAACAACAAGCAGAAGUUAAAAUUAAAAUCAACUUCAAACUUAAACAAUCUCGACCGCGUAACACUAAAUUGAUAUGCGUUUUCUGGGACACAAAUAAUAGCAAGUGGUCUGAAAAUGGUUGCAAGUGGAUUGGCAAUUCGAUAUGCGAGUGCAAUCAUCUCUCUGCAUUUACGAUCUUAAUGUCAAAAUCUAAGCUAGAAGUGCCACACCUUUCCACACUCACAUACGUAGGGCUCUCUGUGUCAAUAGUUUCGCUAAUCAUUUGUCUUGUUGUAGAGUUGAUCAUCUGGAACGAUGUUGUGAAAACUGAUACACUGCAUUUACGCCAUUGCGCUCACGUUAAUAUCUCUGUGUGUUUGCUAGUUGGCGAUAUUUGCUUUCUGGCUUCGUCCACACCUGGCGACCUUUCCGAUAUAUGGUGCAAAACGUUUGUCGCUGUUGAACAUUUUUGCUAUCUUGCCAUGUUUUUUUGGAUGUUUUGUCUUAGCAGCAUUCUCUUACACAAAACAGUUUACGUUUCACUGCACGGCAUAGGUAAGACAGCCUAUUUGAGAUUCUCCUUAAUAGUAGGCUACGUUUGUCCUUUGCUAAUUGUUGUGAUUACGUUUCUUGCCAACAAUGGUGAGGAGGGACAGUACUACUCGAAGGAAACACGCUGGCUAGUCUACAAGGGCGUUUUCAAAGGAUCGAUUUUCACGUUCAUUCUUCCGGUCGGGAUCAUCGUUUUUGUGAAUAUGUUUUUCAUGUGUCUUGUAAUCAUGAAGUUGUUGCAGCCCAUAAAAGCACAGCAGAUGUUGGAGGAUAAGGAGAAGAAUUCUGGAAAAACUGUGAUCCGAUCCGUAAUCCUCCUGACUCCGGUUUUCGGACUCACCUGGGGACUGGGCUUCCUGAUGAUCCUCAUUGACCUCACAAAUGGGAUCCCAGCAUACGUGGUCAACUACCUGUUCACCAUUAUGAAUGCAUUUCAGGGCCUGUACAUCUUUAUCACUACUUGUGCGGGCGACAGAAUGGUGCGUGAGGGCCUGCGAAGAUAUUUCAGGAAGAAAACUAUGGGCAUCUCAUCUUUCUCUUCAAGCUCCAGUGUGGACCAAUCAUCAAUCAAGAAGUCCCCCCAAAAUUAA